UCAAUUAGCUUCGUCAAACUAUACUUAAGAAUGCUAUCGAUCAACAUCCCUUCCUACUCCGACCCGUCUGGGUACAUCCUUUCCGAGCUACCAGCACCGGAAAUCACCGACUCGAACGAUGUCCUCAUUAAGGUCCAUGCCGCCAGUGUGAAUCCAGUUGAUCUGAAAAAGGCAGAAGGUGUUCUAAAAGCAGCACUCAAAGACACAUUCCCCUACAAGAUCGGAUAUGAUUGUGCCGGCAUAGUGACCAAAACUGGGCAAAGUGUAACCCGAGUUAAACCUGGAGAUGAAGUCUACGUUCGAUUGCCAGAGUCACAUCGGGGAGCAUGGAGUGAAUACGCUAAAUGUCCGGAAGAAUUCAUUGCUCUGAAGCCACCAUCGCUUUCUUUCGAGAGCGCAGCCGCCAUUCCACUGGCAGCGACAACGGCCUUUCAGGCGCUCCAGAAGUACAAUGGCGACCUUUCGGGGAAGACUGUAUUUGUGCCUGCAGGAUUGGGUGGAACCGGUCUAUAUGCAUGCCAACUAGCAAAACAUGUUUUCCAUGCCGGCAAGGUGAUCACGACGGUUUCGACGUCUAAAAUCCCGAAAGUAGACGAACUGUUAGGGAAGGGAACCGUUGACCAGAUAAUUGACUAUACGAAGUCUGAACCAAAGGACGCUAUCCCGCACGGCUCGGUUGAUUUCCUGUUCGAUACCGUUGGCCUGUCCAUGGAGUAUCUUUGUCUGAUGCGGCCGAAGACCAGCCGGAUUGUCUCGAUCUCAACCUUGCCAUCGGGAAAUCUGCUACAGAACUCAUCAGUCAUGCGACUUCCUCAUCGCCCGACUCUGCCCUUCAUCUAUAAACAAGCAUUAAAUCUGAUGGAUGCCGCCCGUAAGCUACGUGCACGACGAUACGGUGUGGAGUACUCAUAUAUGUUCCUGGAGCCCAGUGGGAGAGACCUGGAUCUAUUGCGCGAAUAUGUCGAGAAAGACCAGUUGAAACCAGUGGUUGGAACCACGGCUAAUAUGUGGGAGAUUGAGGAGGUGCGAAAAGCCUGUCAGGUUGUAUACAACAAUCGCGGUGGUCUGGGGAAGGUAGUUAUUAGAGUUGUCAAGCCCGAAAAUCCGCAAUAACCUCACCCGCCUGAUAG